UUCCAGCAUCUCAGAAAAGACAAGAAGGCUCAUCGACUGUGCACACUUUCUACAAUCAUGAAGCUUUCAGGGUUCCUCUUUCUGCUCCUUUUUACAGGUGGAAACACUUACGUUUUUGUAGAGCCAGAAGAGCCUUUUAACCCAGAAGGGUGUAAUAAAACCAAUUGGGAUGUUAUACAGCAUCUGAACUUGACCAGAAACAAAGACAAGUUUGCAAUGACCCGGCCAGCCAAAAAUGGCCGAACAGCCACAGAAGUAACACUGGCUUUACUGCUCUAUGCCAUUCUGGAUGUGCAAGAAAAGGAACAGAAGUUUAUUUCUUAUGUUUGGAUUGACUUGUUGUGGAAAAAUGAUCUAAUUCACUGGGAACCUAGUGAAUUCUGCGGUAUCAAAACAUUGUUUAUUCCAGCACAACUAUUGUGGCAGCCUGAUAUUACUAUUGAAGAGAGGACAGAAAGAGAUAAGGCCACUGAUAGUCCUUAUAUCGGUGUUGGAUAUAAUGGGGAUAUCCUACUUAGGAACGACAUGGUACUGGUCACCACCUGCAAGAUGCAAAUUUACAAAUUUCCCUUUGACAUUCAAAGCUGCAACCUCUCCUUCAAGUCUAUCAUACACAGAGAGGAACAAAUCAUGCUUGUGGAAUAUGGUGACCAAAACAGCACCACAGAAUGGUCACAAGAUAUAAUGAGGACCCAAUCCGACUGGCUUUUCAUCAACAUUCAAUCCACCAACAAAUCUGCCAUCAAUUUCGAAAUCCCCCAAAGCAUGGUGGUUUACACUGUCAACAUGAAGAGGCGAUCUAUACUCUACGUUGUCAACUUCAUCCUGCCUGUUCUUCUGUUCUUGUGUCUGGAUUUGGCCUCUUUCAUGAUCUCAGACAGUGGGGGUGAGAAGCUCAGCUUCAAGGUCACUGUGCUGCUUGCUGUCACAGUGAUGCAGCUCAUUCUGAACGAAAUUCUGCCAUCCACUUCAGACAGGAUUCCACUUAUUGCGACUUACUGUACCGGGAUCUUUGGUUUGAUGAUGCUAAGCCUCCUGGAGACAAUUUUGGUGAUGUACCUCAUGGAGAAAGACUCUGCAUCCCAAGACAACAAUGCAGACAUGAAUACAUUUCUUCACUGUGAUGUUUCUCGUGAAAUGCCAUCAGAACUGCUUCUCAUGGCAAAACAGGCUAGUAGCAGCCAGCUGACAGAGGAAUCCCAGGACUUUGAAAAGGAGGUGAUGAAAUCAUUAGCAAUGCUCCUCAGCAGCAGGAAGGAAGAAGGAAAGACUGGCUACUGGACCAGAGUGACCCAAAUUAUCAACAAAGUUUUCUUCAUUUCCUAUGUCAUAACUGUCACAUUGUUUUUAACCUACAUGUAUUAUAGCUGGAAUAAUUAAGAACAAAUCUAGUGUUUGAUAAUAAAACCACUAACAACUUCAUCUUUGGUGAUCCAUCCUUUGUAAUAUGUGCCCUCAGUUGAAUACUAUACAAAAUAUUCUGUAUUCUGACUGCUGACAAAAAGGCAUGCACACAACAACACACAAACACAAUAUCAACAGUAAAUACACAGCACUCUAGCAUUCCGAUUGCUCAAAGCGCUUUCCGCACUGCAUGUCCAAUUCACACACUGAUGACAGAAACUGCUAUACAAAGUGCUUCUCAGUUAUCUAACUCCAUUUAUACAUAUUCACAUGCUACUGGUUACGCCACUAAGAGUAAUUUGUCGUCCGGCUUCGUGUAAAGUACACUCUGUCAUGUGAACUAAAGGACCUAGGAUCAACCUGUCUGCUCCAAGAUUGUGAAAUGACAAACUCUACCACAAAGUCAAAGCUGCCUGCUAAAUGUAUAGCCUUCAUACAGUACUGAUAAGUGUAGUAUGGCAGUAGUUAAAGAUAAUAGAUGUGUCGUGUCAUCCAUGCUGCAAUACAAUAGCAUAAAAAAAAAUGCUGAGCUCAAGACUGAAGUGCUAUUGUACACUGAGUUGACCAAUGU